CAGAUUGGGACGUGACCGUUAACGAGAGCGAAUCUAAGGGUCAGAAAAUGGCGUCUAAACUUUCUGGACAUUCCAGGAGUUUCUCCGAUGGGGAUAUUGAUCAACUGAGGAAGGAAAAGGCUCAUUUGCGCAACACACUCGAUGAAGUUUCUGACCAGCAGGGGGCGCCACCACACUCCCAGGACACCCAGGUUUAUUUAGAGAGAAUCCUUGCACUGGAAACACUGAGAGAGAGAAACUCACAGCAGAUCCUGGCCAAGGAUCAGGAAAUCGCCUCCCUUUGGCAGAUGCUUCGGUCAGACAGUGCAGAGGUUGUGAGCAGCCUUCAAAACCAAGUCAGGCAGCUAAGAGCAGAGGCUGAAGUGAGAGAAACACUCUUUCAGUCCCUCCAACAGGAGACAGAGGAGAUGAAGGAAAAAUUGGAGGCUGUCUUAGGAAACGCAAGCAAGAGCACUGCAGAUGGCCGGACUGCCACCGGAAACUCCACAUUGAUGCAGGAACAGCUGAUAGACGCCUUAGAGAAGAACCAGCAGUGGCUUGAGUAUGACCAGCAGAGAGAGGCUUAUGUGACGGCACUGCUAGCACAGAAGUAUCAGCUGGAGCAGGAGCUAAAUAAAGCCCUACUAGAGAAAGAGAUAGAGCGUGAUACUGCAGGUGAAGAGCAAGAGGUGGAGAUACUGCAGUGCUAUGAGAAGCUCGAGAGAGAACAACAAAAGGUUCAGCAGCUGCUCACUGAAAACCACCAGAUGGAAAAGGAACUGGUGGAGGAGAAGCUGAAGUCAGCAGAGCUUCAACAGCAGAUUCAACUCUCUGCCAAGGACCUUGAAGAUAAGGAACGUGAUAAUCAGCAUAUCCAAUCACAACUUAAGGGAGCUCUGAAGGAGCUGCGAAGGGCCUUGAAAAAAGUGGAAACAUUCAAUUCUGAGAGAGCACAGAGAGAGACGGCAUCAUCUGUGUCAGGUGCCUACCCCGAACUGGAGAGAGUCCACAAAGAAAGUCCUAAGUGCUCUUCAUCAUCCCCUGGAGCUCUACUGGACAAUAGUUUUCUGGAGUGUCCCAAUUGCGGAGUUCAGUAUCCAUCUAGUGGCCAUAGAGAGCUUCUGAUACAUAUUGAUCUCUGUUUUGAUACAAAUUAAUGUUAAGUUAAUGUUACCAGAUUAACAUCCACAACAUUUUAGAAUUGAAUACAACUAAAUGGCUAUUGGAAAAAUUUUUUGAUAUUCACUGUUCACAAGUUCUAGUUUCCAGUUAUGCAUAAAUGUUUAAUGUUCAGUAUUCUCUGCUAUAUGUAUUUGUUCAUUCAAUUAAACGGGUGACUUCUGUUUAUUUCAACAUGCACUAAUGUCAAUAUGUAGUAGGUUUCUCACCCCAUUCCAGUUCAUUAUGUUAGACAAACUGACUCACUGUAGCAUCUAUUGCCCUGCAUUUAUAGAGGGUAUGUAAAUGAGUGGAACAUCAACACUUCAAAUCAUCUCGAGAGACUUUGUGAUCAAUCGAUUAGAAGGCAUCUCUGUUAAAACUGUAUACCAAAAAGCACUACUGUCAUCACUCAAUCACCAGAAAUUCACGAAAUAAAAG